GUCCAAGGAGGUCAACUUGGACGCCGUCUCAGGCGAAACUAUCAGGGAGCUCAUGGCAUCCACGGAAGACGAGUGGGAGAAGUGGACGGCGUUCGGAGCUGCGCGAAGAUUCCCGGACCACGAGCUCAAGCAGUAUCUCGCCAGCGGCGCCAAGGUCGUGGGCGCGCGCUGGGUGGCCACGCUGAAGCAGACCAAGACGUCAAAGUACAAAUCUCGUUCAGUGGACGCUCUGAUGGUCACCCUCGGGUUCAUGGCGCAGAAGGGUCGGGCAGGGUGCUCCCGCGACGCGAAGUCGGCCUACCCCCAGGCAGAGGGCAUCGACAUAUUGCUACUCAUCAGGAUGCCCAAGAGGCGACCCGCGGACCCGGGCAAGGUGUUCUACGCGCAGGGCUCUGUCUACGGUGUCAAGGACGCGGGGCGCGCCUGGUAUGAGCAUCUGAAGGUCUACCCCGAAAGGGAGUGUGUGUACAUAUAUAUGUCCAAGCUGGAGCGCGGGGUCCACAUGUAUCACUACGACGGGGAGCUCCAGAUGGUAAUGCACAGCCACGUUGACGACGACUUGCAGGUUGCCAGGAAGGCCGCGAGCCCCACGGUCGACAAGCUACUGGGGGAGAUGGCUGAGUUUCUACAUCUGGAGAGACGCGACGGGGAGUUUAAGUACUGCGGAGUACGCAUCAGGGGCGUCGUGGACAUCAGCACGGCGUGCGUCCUGGCCUGCGGCGAUUCUUCGUGCGCGAGCAUGCCGGGUGAGAAAAGCCAGGCUGGAGCAGUGCUGUGCCUCGCCAGCGCUCCUCGAGAAGUUGUGGGCGGACGGUUUGACCUGCCGGUGCCCUUGGUCUGGGCAAAUUUCCGAGUCAAGCGAGUUGUGAGAUCCACGUUAGCUGCGGUGGCAUGCAGCAUCAGCGAGGCUAUUGAAUGUGGCCAGUUUCUACGACAGUUUCUUCAGCAGUUGUAUAUGCCAGCCAGCGCCGAGCUCAAGGAUGUUGAGAGGCUGUGUACAUCGAGGCCGAUUCUGGCUGUGGCGGACAGCGACAAUCUGAAGGCCACUGUGAAUAAGGAAGUUCGAGAUUCCACCUCCGCAGAGGAAGCGACAGGCCGUGAAGCCAACAACAGUCCUGAUUUCAUCGGCAAAACGGUCGAUUACGAGGGGAUCGGGUACCACGCUGAGGAGAUCAACCGCGAGUGGAUCGGGUACCGCGUGCGGCGGAUCAACCGCGAGUGGAUCAGGUGCCGCACUGGGGGCGACAUCAAGGGUGACGGACCCGACGGUGAGCAGGACGAGUUCAAGCCUCGGACUCCGCACUGCCACGUUGAUAUCAUCCAUGGCCGCGGCAAGGGCAACAUCUACUGCUCGACUCCGACGACGGCGACAGGCACCGUUACGAGAAAGAGGACACUCGAUAAGGUUGAGAGUGAGGAGCCCGAGCCCAUGGAUAUCGAGAGCGACAGUGCCAUUUUCGGAGAGGAACCAGUGCAGCUCGGGAGGCAGAGGACGGCCAAGACGAAGGUGGAUAUCAAGACGGUGCCGCAGGAUUGUGACGUCGUGGGAAUCAAGACGAAGCUGCUGAAGGCCGGUCUCGAGGACAUUCCCGUGGUGAUCAAGGUGUCCGAACGCGUGGUGAGGCACUAUAGUCCCGAGGACAGGCAGAUCACUAAGGCUGAGGCGAACAAGAUGGCCAGUGACAUUGGCUACUACGUGGACCCCGAGUCCAUUGACGGACGGUUGAGGAUGCGAGGAGCGUUCCGCAGCGUGGAGAAGGCGAAGGCCACGAUGGCAGCCUCGGUGAAUGGACGGUUCGAUAUCAUGAAGCCACUCCAUAUUUCCACGUUGUGUCGAGCGACGCAGUCGUUGAUCGCUGGUUUUUACCCCUUCGAGCUCCAGGUGGCAUCUGGCAGGAAGGAGGAGCUGACGGAGUGCCUGCGUUCCUACCAUCGCCCAUCGCCCGACGCGUACGUCUUCUCCUGA